AUGGCGAGCCUACCAGAGCAGGUCCUAGACAUAACCGACAUGUCGCUGCAGCAGCAAGCCCGGAAAGUGGGCGAGGAGACCGAUACGACAUCGCGAACCUCAAGCACCAAAGGAACGGCACCCAUCAUCGUCAACCAUAGCAGUGAUGGUGAUGCCGCUGCGGAACUGGGCAUGUCGCCACUCGAGAAGAUCAAGACACGUUUCGGAGACCGACCCGAGUGCUUCAAGAACACCCUGCAGGAAGUGUCCUUCGUAUUUCAAGCAACAGUAGCGACGGCCACGACAUCAUUCCUGAGCGGCGUUGCCUUGAUCAUCACCGUGCCGGUCUCGAAAGAUCUGGGCAUGACGCAGGGCCAGAUCUCGUGGAUCAGCGCCUCGACUUCUCUGGUAGCAGGAGCAACCCAGCUCGCAUUGGGACAGCUAGCAGACCUGUUGGGCCGGAAAGCCAUGUUCAUCACGGGCAUGGGCUCGUUCAGCGCAUUCGUACUGCUGGUCGCCUUCUCGCAGAACCCGUUCUGGAUGCUCAUCGUCUGCGGCAUCCUCGGCCUCUGUUCCGCCAUGGUCGUGCCGCCCGCCAUAGGCAUACUCGGCGCAGCCUACACGGCGCCCUCGAAACGGAAGAACAUGGCGUUCUCGGCCUUCAGCUCCGGAAACCCUCUCGGCUUCGUCUUCGGCACCAUCCUGUGUGGCAUUGCAACGCAGCUGUCCUCCUGGCGCGCAGCUUUCAUCUUGCUCUGCAUCAUCUGGGCCGUCUUCACCGUCUUCGCCUUCUGGGCUGUGCCGAACGUGGAGAACUUCGAGCGGGCUCCCCUGAGGGAACGGCUGGGCACUCUGAAGAGUUUCGACUACGUUGGUACGAUCCUGACGAUCUUCGGAACCGGCAUGUUCACAGCGGGCUUGACACUGGCACCUGAAGAUAGCUGGUCGAGUGCACACGUAAUCGCUCUGCUAGUCGUCGGACUCGCCCUCUUAGCGUUCUUCGUCUACUGGGAGAAGGUUUUCCCGACCCCUUUAAUGCCUCCGCAUAUCUGGAAGGACCGAAACUUCAGCUUGAUCAUCAUCGUGGUACUCCUCGGUACGAUGAGCUUCACAGCUACUGGCUUUUGGAUCGCCUUCUACAUGCAACAGAUCCAAAUGCUGUCUACCCUGAUGGUGGCUGUUCACUUGCUACCGAUGGCGAUAGCGGGUUUGCUCUGGAACAUUGUCGCCGGACGCAUACUUCACCGCGUCAACAACACAGCCAUUAUGGUAUUCGGUGCUGCGUGCUAUGUUGCUGCCGGCCUUCUGUUCUCAUUCACGGGGCCCGAGAGCAACUACUGGGCGUUCAUAUUCCCGGCUCUAGUGUUGAACGUGGCUGGCGCGGACCUGCAGUACAACGUUGCCAAUAUGUACGUGAUGCAAUCGCUGCCCAGACACCAACAGUCCCUCGCCGGCGGUAUCUUCAACGUCGUCAUCCGACUGUCGAAUACCGUCGUCAUGGGUGUGACGACAGCUGUGUUCAGCUCUAUCGAAAUGACACCGGCAGGCAUCGCAGAUCCCAUGCUCAAGUAUACCAGGACCUUCCAGGUGUGCGUAGCGUUUUCUGGGGCCAGUCUGCUGUUCGCGCCCUUCAUUCGUCUGGGGACCCAAGGUAACGCCCCAAAGGGAGACGCACAGGAGGUCGGGCAGUCGGAAAAGCCAGCGGCUGAAGAGCUCCAUGCAGGCGAAAUUGAUCGAGAGGAGCAAGUGUCUCGGAAGUCAGCUUCGAAGGAUGAUACGAUAUAG